AUGCUACGCCGGGACGGCACGGUGGGAUUCCUGUGUCCCGGGGCCAACGAAUGGUGCGAGGGGGACCAGUUGGCGCUGAAGCAGUGGGCGUGUUCGCGCACGCAAUCAGCGCACGCGCAUAUAGCCUGGAGGAUAGGGGCCAUCGUUCACCGGAAUCCACGCUCAUCGAAAUGGGACUACCAGCGGCUACUACAGGAGCUGGAGAGCGCGUACGGCCCUUCCUCCGAUCAUGCAGCGGUUGCAGUGGAACUGAGGCAGAGAAUACGCCAGGCUGGUGAGGCGUUGCAUGUUUUCCGGGACGAUAUUUAUGGAAAAGUGGCUGUGGCCUAUGGUGACAGAUCCGAGAAGGAGCAGGAUGCUAUUGUUGUUGAAGUUUUCACAAAUGGUUUGGGCGAUGCCGAUAUUAUUCAAAAACUGCUGGAAACUCGCCCGUCCACACUGGCGAGAGCUUAUGAAAUAGCUCAUCGCCAUAAAACAACGAAGAGAGCUGCAUCAUACGUCACAAGCAUCAUGCAGCCUGGGCCCUGCACUGCUGUCGUACGGGAGACUGAGGCUGCUCCUGCUACACCACCGCCAGACCCCGCGCCAAACUAG